CACACGGAAGAGCGAAUUACUUUUUGGUGCGUUGCGCAUGCGUGGGUAGGCAAUUUGAGUGGAGUUUUGUUCGGUUUUGAUGUCAAGUCGAAAUUAAAGCGGAGCAGGUGGUCGUCGAGGGCAAGGCAACAUUUAGAGAAGCCAGACGUUUACAGGGAAACAACAGCUAUAAUCAAUCAAACAACGAGAAAAAGAAGGAUAACUAAUCACAGUUGUUAUGAUAAUUUAAAAACAAAACAUUCAGAUUUUUGAAAAUAACAAAAAAAAAUAGCUGCCGGUGCUCCAGGAGAUUAUUGAAAAUUCUCUCCUUCCCUCUUUGUAUUUACUAAUUACUGUUUCUGUCAGAAAGUUUUCAUAAAAACUAAGCAAAAUGUCGAGCCGUAAAGCCAAAGGAAAGACGACAAAGAAGAGGGCACAACGUGCGACCUCAAAUGUCUUUGCUAUGUUUGAUCAAGCUCAAAUUCAGGAAUUUAAAGAAGCUUUCAAUAUGAUAGACCAAAACAAAGAUGGACUAAUUGACAAAGAAGAUCUCCAUGACAUGCUAGCAUCUUUAGGCAAAGACCCUGAUGAUAAUUAUCUGAAUGAUAUGGUAAAUGAUGCUACGGGCCCCAUCAAUUUCACUCUGUUUCUUACCAUGUUUGGAGAUAAGUUAAAUGGAACAGAUCCCGAGGAUGUGAUAAAGAAUGCAUUUGCUUGUUUUGAUGAGGAUGGAACUGGUGUCAUUCAUGAAGACAGGCUACGAGAGCUGCUGACCACUAUGGGAGACCGCUUCUCUGAUGAAGAUGUUGAUGAAAUAUUUCGGGAAGCGCCUAUCAAGAGUGGCAACUUUGAUUACAUAGAAUUUACUCGGAUUCUGAAGCAUGGCAAGAAAGACAAAGAUGAUGAUUGAAAGGGGUUUUCGCUAUGCAACGUAUUCGCCUGGGGGCCAUCAUCUCCAUCUGGAAGUGAUGACCCCAAGCCCUCUGACCUAAUAUCUAAGCAUCUGUCUUCUUCCUUAAUGAUAAUGUCAUUAAUUAUCUCCACAAAAUUAAUACCAACAGUAAGAGUAACAAUAAUAAUAAUGAUGAUGAUCUUAAAUAAAAAAAAGAUUUAGCCAUUUUUCUCAACUUUCCAACUUUAUAAUUUUUUUUUUUUUGGAAACAUUGGGAGAAAAUAUAACAAAAAUUUAGAAAAAGGUAGAAACACAUCAAAUAUGCUUUCUUUUAAUAUUAUUAUUACACAUUAAAUUUUAAAAGUUGAAAAACAAUUUGAAAAUUUGGAAGAAAUAUUAAAGAAAAAAGUAUGGAUAAAACAUCUUAUGUUGAACUGUUCAGAAACAUCUUGGUGUCAACAUUUAGAAACAGAUUGUUAUUCAUUUCUCUAAGAAAGCAAAAAACAAAACAACUACAAAAAAAAAAGCUGAAAAGAAUAUCUGAAAGCUUCAAUUUUCAUUUUUUAUAUCUAUAUACAUAUUGUUUUUUUUUAUUUUUUUAUUUUAAAAAAUUUCACCUGAAAUAAUAAAGAUAAUAACAUUCCAUUGUGAUAUGUUACGAUAAGUAUUUUUAUAUUAUUAUUAAUAUUAAUAUUAUUAUUUCAAGUAUUGGCAAUUGCUGUAUUAGUAUGGCAAAUGGAAUUUGCAAUUUUGGUUUCAAUUCCCUAUUGAAACUGAUUCAUUUAAUGCCCCUCGUGCCCUUUGGAAAGGCAUGACAGUUACAAACUAGCAUUUUUCUCUUCUCUAAAAUCUCCAAAGGUUCCAUGCCGGUGUAAAUAAAUAAUUACUAAGGCUUUUUUUCUCAAAAUUUUGAGUCUCUUUAGAUUUAACAAUAGUUAGUGAUUUCAUUUUGAGUUUAUUUUAAAUUUUUCCUGUCCCUUUUUUUAAAAUGAACCCUUCACCAGCAAUCUUGACAAAUUUUUGUCUGGAAUGCAUUAAAAGCUCAGAAAGACCUAUAGUCCAUUUAUUUUUUACAUUUAUAAAAUUUAGAACCAUUGUCUUAGAGAAAAGAACCACACCAACUACUGCACCAAAAUCAUCAUCAAUUAAAUAGAAGACAGCAACAACACCAAUUAAUACUUUUAUUGCUAAAAAGAAGGAAAAAAAAAGAGAAGAAACAAGGAACUGAUUUGCUUCCAUUCAAUUUGCCUGCCUUAUUAUUUCUGACUGAUUUUAUAAUAAAAAAAAAA